AUGGGAAAUCGUGCUCCUAUGCCUGUGCCGAAUAAGAAACUCGGCGUUCCUAUAGCUUCACACGUAACUUCUAACCUGACGUAUCCAAUAAACCAACGAGGAUCCAUUUUAAAUGUUUUUAUUAUCUUUCCAGAUGCAAGCAGCUCUUCAGAGUACUCACAGCUUUUUCACAUAAUCACAGUGAGUCCGAGAAAUAUUGAUAUGUUCUGUCUACUUACUGGGGAUAUCAGAAGCCCUAGAUACACACCUGCGCAUGGAACUCUUAUUAUCUCAGCUGUACAUUGUAAAGAAAGCUUACUGGGGAAUGUUAUUGUGGUUGGAGAAAGUGAUAGGGUAUUUAAAGUGAUUGAUUCUUACUCUCUGAGGAGCAUUUCACAGUUCAGUGCUCCUGGGGCAAGCAAAAUUAGUAUUAUGAUUUCCCCUGUGCCAGAUUUAUUGUAUGCAGGGUUUCAUGAUGGCUAUGUCCGGGUAUGGCAUCUUGCUGCCCAAGAGCCUCAGUUGGAAAUUAAAGAAGAAGGCAUAAUUCCAGGAGUAAGAGCACUAGCAUACUCAAAUAAGCAUAGAUUUAUUUUAUCAGGCCACGAUAACACUUAUCAAGCUGCCGAUGGCAGCCAAGCAAAGCUUGAUCCAAAUCCGUUGAGAAUUUAUUAUAUGAAUGCUUUAGCUCAAGUUUUUGAGCCAAUUUUACUGGAAGGAUUCACUGGGAGCUGCUUGUCUGUAUCUCUUGUAGAAUCAAAGAAUUUUGCUAUAGCAUUGAGUUCACAAGAAAGCCAAGUUCAUAUAUGGGAUUAUUUGACUUGCUAUAAAGUCCUCAGUUUCAGUGUCCCAAGCACAGGGGUGACACCUGAACUUUCAUGUAAAAUCUUCAGCUUGGCUUUGUCAGAUGAAAGUGACUGUUUGUUGAUUGGAAAAAGUGAUGGGUCAAUUUUGGCUAGCACGCUUAGCUUGUCACUGGAAAGUUUGUCUGUGACUUGGGCACCACAACAAAGAAUUAUGCCAAAGCUUCAAGAAAGAGUAGCUGAUGGGAUUGAAGUGACAGUACUAGGUUGCGAUGAAUAGCCCAAUAAAAAUAAACCCUUUUUUUGGUUAGCCAUAUUCACAGCUGAGUUGCCAAAUUUAAAUUUUGAUAACCAAAAAAUGCUCUUAGUGGGCUAUUCUUCGUAAGUGGCAUAACAUUUAUUGACUACAUUCCUCGAAUAGACGCAGUGAUAGCAGGCAAUGCCUCCUCAAGUGCCAUGAUAAUUUCAAAUUUCUUCGGUGACUGCUUAGGCUUAGAUCUCAAAGAUGAGCAGCCCAAAGCUAUAAAAACAACAGACAGCACAGAAGAAAGCAUUGAUCUCAAGCCCGGGGCCGAAUUAGAAAUGUCUUCAAAAGAAAAGCUCUACGAAGAGGAACGACAAAGAAUCUGGAAAGCUUUAAACGAAGAAACCAAAACUACUUAG